GACUUGUCCUGUGUCUCGGAGGAUGAGCACGGCUCUCCUGCUGGGCUGGAAGGGUUAAUUGGAGCUCCUGCUGCUUCAGUCUCAUCAUUUCCUGAAAGAGUCCAGCCUGCUUCUGAGAAAAACUUCCUGUCUGGACUUUCCAGCAUUGAGCUGCUGCUGGGAGCAGUGCACAACGCAGGACAUGGGAGCUGGCUGCGCUGUCUAUCCUGGUCACCCAGUGGGCAGCAAGUGAUCCCUACACUGCCCCAGCCAUGCCUGAACUGAUGGAGUGCACAGGUAUUGCUCUGGAAAGCUGUGCCGCAAUGGAUUUCAUGAGCACGAACAGCGACCAGAAGGAAGACAUGGAGCUGUUGCUCCCCUAUUUCAAUGUGUCUGAUGUGGUCACGAUAAUGGAAAACCUCUAUCGAGAUGGGGAAGUAUGUGACGUUGGCAAGAGCACGGAUAAAGUGUGUCAAGAGACUUACUACGAAGAGAGGACGGACUCUUUAUUCCUCAGCGGACAGGAAACCUCUUUGUUGUCUUCUGUUAAAUACGGAACCACUAAAGAGUUGCUCAGGUUUGCUAAUCAGCUAGCAGAUGCAAGAAAGCAUUUACACCAAUGUUUGCAGCAGGAAUGUGGAAUCAUUCUGAACAAGAUGCUCACCAUCAGGGAUGGGCGAUACCAGACAGACACUGAUGUGCUGCUGUUUCAAUGGAAGAUGACAUACAGGAGUAUUGGCUCAGGGUUUAUCCCCAGGGGUGCUUUUGGGAAAGUCCACUUGGCACAAGACACAGAAACCAGAAAGAGGAUGGCAUGUAAACUGAUCCCCCUGGAGCAGUUCAAGCCAGCCGAUGUGGAGUUUCAGGUGCAGUUUCAGCAUGAGAACAUCGCCGAGUUAUAUGGAGCUGUAUUGUGCAACAACAUGGUUCACCUGUACAUGGAGGCCGGGGAAGGAGGCUCCGUCCUGGAGAAGCUGGAGAGUUGCGGCCCUCUGCGCGAAUUCGAAAUUAUUUGGGUGACGAAACAUAUCCUUAAGGGGCUCGACUUUCUACACUCCAAAAAUGUCAUCCACCAUGACAUAAAACCCAGCAACAUUGUCUUCAUGUCCACAAAAGCCGUCCUGGUGGAUUUUGGCCUCAGCAUUCAGAUGACGGGUGACCUGUUUUAUCCGAAGGACUUAAGGGGAACUGAGAUCUACAUGAGUCCAGAAGUGGUUCUGUGCAGAGGACACUCUACGAAGGCUGAUAUAUACAGUAUGGGUGCCACCAUCAUUCACAUGCAGACUGGAAAUCCACCUUGGGUGAAACGAUACCCGCGAUCAUCGUAUCCCUCUUACCUCUACAUUAUACACAAGCAAGCACCCCCACUAGAAGACAUCGCAGAAGACUGCAGUCCUGUCAUGAAAGAUUUACUGGUCUCGGUAUUGGACAAGAACCCAAGCCAGCGUCCCUCUGCAGCAGAGCUUCUGAAACACGAGGCCCUCAACCCUCCUCCGGAGGACCAGCCACGCUGCCAGAGCCUGGACACGGCCCUUCUGGAACGCAAGAGGCAAAUGAAAAAGGAACUCGAGCUGCCAGAAAACAUUGCAGAUUCUUCAUUGUAUGCCAAUGAGGAGUCCGAGAUUCAGAAGAGGCAGCGGUCGCUCUCGAUUGACCUUGGGGCCCUUGCUGGCUACUUCAACCUGGUCCGAGGCCCUCCAACUGGGGAAUAUGACUGCCAAUAAGGAUUCAUUGAAGAGCACAAUGGACUCAUGUGGACUUGUAUUAUCAAGCAUCAUUAAUAGACAGUUGAGAAAAGUUACUUUGAAGAAG